AGUCAAUAACCCCUGAGUUUUAUCCACUUAUGAGAAUCCAAGAGAGCUGGCUAUCUCCAACAAACACUCCCAAUCCUGGUUGCCGCACCACGGAAGGUCAACGUGCUUAGAGAUCGGGUCCUCCCAUUUGACUGAAAGGACGCAAUGUCGGCGGAGAUCCCCCAGGCGGCCUCUGCUGAGGAUCAAAAGGAAAUUGAAGAUAAAGUAACCAGCCCAGAGAAAGCAGAAGAAGCAAAGUUAAAAGCAAGGUAUCCUCAUCUGGGACAAAAAUCUGGGGGGUCAGAUUUCUUGAGGAAGCAACUGCAAAAGGGACAAAAAUAUUUUGACUCUGGGGAUUACAACAUGGCUAAAGCAAAGCUAAAGAACAAGCAGCUUUCUACUGCAGCAGCUCCUGAUAAAACAGAGGUCACUGGUGACCACAUUCCUACACCGCAGGAUCUUCCACAGCGGAAACCAUCCCUUGUUGCUAGCAAGCUGGCUGGCUGAUUAAAAGAGCUGAACUGCAUGAAUCA